AUGGAAAUUGAGGAAAACUGGGUGUUGGAUUGCUUGGAAAACCGGGAUUCGGAUAUUGAGGGAGAGGUGUGGGAUUGUUUGGAAAGCUUUGCCCCGAAACUGAGGAUAACUGGGUGUUGGAUUGCUUGGAAAACCGGGAUUCGGAUAUUGAGGGAGAGGCGUGGGAUUGUUUGGAAAGCCUUGCCCCGGAAACUGAGGAUAACCGGGUGUUGGAUUGGUUGGGAAACUGGGUGUUGGAUUGGUUGGAAAACCAGGUCUUGGAAACUGAGGAAAACCGGUGUUGGAUUGGUCAGAAAACCAGGUCUUGGAAACUGA